AUGAAGAUCCUUUGCCUGCUCUUUUCUCUCUUCUUCUUGGCACUCCAGGUUUCUCCAGGUUUGUCUUCACCCCAGCGGGACAUGUUUCUCUGCAGAAAAGGGAGCUGUCACUUUGGAAGAUGUCCCUUCCAUCUGGUUAAAGUUGGAAGUUGCUUUGGGUUCCGCAACUGCUGCAAAGCGUGA